AUGAUACGCCAAACAUCAAUACAGGCAGCUAUCUUGCGACAAAAUUCCCGGAAUUUGCAGUACUUGAAUCCCCCCAAACCUAUCCCCAGUACUCCCCCUUUUGCUUGUAAUGAAGCCCCAGACAACCUAGACAACCUAUUCGCUGAAGAUAUACCACCUACCAAGCCCAAUAUGUGGCAAGAAAUCCUGCACAAUUGCAUUUAUUAUGACUCCAACCGUGAAGUUGUUUUACCGGAUGAUGGGACUGGCACUCAAACUGGGACCAAUCAGUUGGAAGAACUGGAUGAUAUCAGUCUUAUAACAUUAUCGGAUUGCCUUGGUAACCUCAACAUGUCAACUUAUGGCCUCUUGGGAGAGGAGAUUAUGGAUGCCGAGAAUAUUAUUGAGUUGGUUGUAGAAGCUCAUACUUUCCUCAAAGAUGAGGACUUUGACAAACUCUCUUCAUUUGAUCUUUAUGUUAGAUACAAACCAUCCAAAGCACUUUUUGCCGAAUUAAUUAAACGUUACCAACCUAUCAAUAGCCCCAAGGGAACACAAAUUCCUUCUAUCAAACGCCUGCGUACCCAUGCUUGA